AUGGGCAUUAAGACCUGGAUCGACGAUACCAACCUGCGGGUUGCUCGCAGCCCUGUGGGGAAAUGGUUUCGUCUGGAGGGGUGUGGUCAUCCCAAGGAGAGAAAGGGUAGCUACUUUUUUACGGAGCUGCGCGCCGGUAUAGCUACUUUCGCCGCAAUGGCCUACAUCAUUUCGGUCAACAGCAACAUCACAUCUCUGACUGGAGGAACUUGCGUCUGCCCGGAGGAGGAUAUGGGCGAUUUCUGUGCGACAAAUGCCGAAUAUGCGCUGUGCACGCAAGAAAUCAAUCGCGAUAUAGUCACCGCCACCGCCGCCAUCGCAGCGCUCAGCACGUUCUGUAUGGGUCUUUUCUCGAAUUUGCCCAUUGCUCUCGCACCUGGCAUGGGAUUAAACGCAUAUUUCGCAUAUACCGUGGUUGGAGUCCGUGGGUCAGGCUUGGUUUCAUACUCCACUGCCCUCACAGCGGUGUUCGUUGAAGGCUGGGUAUUCCUAGGCUUGACGCUCCUUGGUAUGCGACAGUGGCUCGCACGUGCUCUGCCACGGUCUAUCAAGCUGGCUACUGGUUGCGGAAUUGGUCUCUACCUUGCCUUGAUUGGUCUCACAUAUAGUGCUGGUAUUGGGUUGGUUCAGGGUGCUACUGAUACCCCCAUCGAACUGGCAGGAUGUGCCGAGAGUAUGAUGGACCCUGAGACGGGUCUGUGUAUGAGCAGUGAGAAAAUGCGCAGUGCCACAAUGUGGAUUGGUAUCUUCUGCGGUGGUAUCUUGACAGCCCUACUCAUGAUGUACCGCAUCAAGGGAGCUGUGAUCAUCGGAAUCUUGCUGGUGUCGAUCAUUUCUUGGCCUCGUGCAACACCCGUGACAUACUUCCCGUAUACGGAGCUGGGCACGAGCAAGUUUGAUUUCUUCAAGCAAGUUGUCACUUUCCACCCCAUCAAGCACACUCUUCUUGCCCAAGAUUGGAACAUUUCGGGCAAGGGUGCGGAGUUUGGCUUGGCUUUCAUCACUUUCUUGUACGUCGAUAUCUUGGAUACCACUGGAACAAUGUACUCGAUGGCCCGCUUUGCUGGUGCAAUCGACGAGGAGACACAGGAUUUCGAAGGCAGUGCCAUGGCUUACAUGGUUGACGCCAUAUCCAUCUCAAUUGGUUCCCUCUUUGGCAGUCCCCCCGUCACAGCAUUCGUCGAGUCCGGUGCUGGUAUCUCCGAAGGAGGCAAGACUGGCCUCACAUCAUGCACCACAGGUCUCUGCUUUUUUGUCAGUGUCUUCUUCGCACCUAUUUUCGCUUCUAUCCCACCGUGGGCGACAGGUUGUACACUUGUGAUCGUGGGUGCACUCAUGGCGAAGGCUGCCGCAGAGAUCAACUGGCGUUACUACGGUGAUGCAAUUCCCGCUUUCCUCACCAUCGCAAUCAUGCCUUUCACUUACAGUAUUGCCUACGGUUUGAUUGCUGGCAUUAUGAGUUAUAUCACAUUAAACGGAAUUGCCUGGAUUCUUGAAAAGGUCAGUGGGGGUCGCAUUGUUCCUCCGAACAAGGACGAGUCUGACCCCUGGUCCUGGAAAUUGAAGGGCGGCUUCCUCCCUCCUUGGGUCAACCGGGCUGCUCAUGGAAAGCGAGACUUCUGGAAGCCAGAUGAGGAAUACGCCGAGAAAAAUAACGAAUCUGGUGAGGCUGGGUCUCUCGCCCAGUCAGAUGAGCGGGUAGCUCUGGAGAAAGGCCAAGAGGCCACCACAGCCCGAUCAGUGAAAUCGGAAUGA